UUUUUUAAUUUAUUAGCGUUGUAAAUAUUGGUGCUUGUUACUUGGGAUCAUCUCAGAGACAAAUGUCGAAAGUAAAAGAAGACCUCUUAAAGGGUAAAUACAAAGUUGUUUAUUUGACUCCUGAAUUUGCAGAAAAUGCUAUGUCAUUACUGAAAUCUUUAGAUGAAAAAAUUGGCAUUACUUUAUUUGCAAUUGAUGAAGCACAUUGUGUUUCUCAAUGGGGCCAUGAUUUCAGAAGCUCAUACAGAAAACUUGGCAAGUUACGUUCUACUUUCAACCACGUUCCUUUUAUGGCUGUAACGGCAACGGCAACUCCAGUUGUUCUGAAUGAUAUAUGUUCUUCUUUGAAUUUGGUAAAUCCUGUUAGAGUGUGUUCGAGUUUUGAUCGGCCUAAUCUGUACCUGGAAGUAUGCAUGAAAAGUGGCUCUGUUGAAAAUGAUUUGUUGAGAGUUAUGACGAAAAAGAAUGGGAAUCCUAGUUUUUCGGGUCCGACAAUUAUUUACUGCCCUACAAGAAAUAUCACUGAAGAUGUGUAUAGAAGAUUGCUUGAUAUGAAAGUUUCGUGCCAAAUUUAUCAUGCUGGAAUGUCAGCGGACGAUCGUAAAACUGCACAUUAUCAGUUUGUUCGGGAUAAAGUAGAGGUUGUAGUUGCUACUGUGGCAUUUGGAAUGGGAAUUGACAAACCAGAUGUACGUCGUGUCAUUCAUUAUGGUGCUCCAAAAGAUAUUGAAUCUUAUUAUCAAGAAAUUGGAAGAGCUGGUCGAGAUGGUUCUCCAAGUACUUGCCAAGUGUUUUAUGGCAAUGCUGAUUUUGUUACUUCGAAGCUUUUCUUGGCAGAUAUUAAGAAUGCAAAAUUUCAAGCACAUAAAGCAGAUAUGAUAACAAAAAUGCAACAGUAUUUGAAUUCAACGCGCUGUCGAAGACAAAUGCUUUUAUCUCAUUUUGAAGGACAUGAAGUCACUAAUGUUGGAGGAAGAGAGAUAUGUUGUGAUAAUUGUAGAAAAAGGUUGAAGAGAGCUAAAAAUAUUCUGAAGGCAGGAUCCUCACAAAACAGUUUAGAUGACAAGAAAGAUUUCACUGAAGAAGCAAAGCUACUGUUUGCUGUCAUAGAGUACACUAAUGGAAGUUUUGGACUGUCUGUGCCCAUUUUAAUUUUACGAGGAUCUUCAAGUCAACGAAUGUCGGAGCGCAUGAAAAAUUGUCCCCAGUAUGGAAUGGGCAAGCAUAAAUCCGAUAACUGGUGGAAAGCUUUUGGUCGGCUUUUAAUGUGCGAAAAAUAUUUAGUGGAGAAAAAAACUGGAUCUGGUAAUUUUUUUUCUGUAGUUGAUAUGAGUGAUAAAAGCAAAAGAUGGUUUGCAGAAACAAAGCAGAUUCCAAGCAAAGCUAAACCAUUAAUUUUGGAAAUGAAUGCAGAGUUACUAGCUUUAGAAGAAACCAAAGCACCUGCUAUACUGAAGCAGUCUACUUCUCCACCUGUUAGAAAGGUCCUAUCAGCAGCUUUUAAAGAUGCAAAGGGAGAAUUGUCUGAGGGUAGCGUAGAAAAAUUAGAUGAAGAAACUUCUUCGUCUGAUGAUAAAGUAGCUGAUCCACAGGAAGAGAUGUUGAAGGGUGAAUUAUAUAAAAGAUUAAUGGCUUUGAGAAAUAAGAUGGCGGAUCAAGAUGGAUUAGCUCCGUACAUGGUCUUCAGCAACAAAAACCUUCUGGACAUGGCUGUAUAUCGUCCAUCUUCAUUGAAGUCCUUGUCUCGGAUAGAAGGUAUCACUGCUGCACGUAUAUCUAAAUUUGGCCAAGCCAUGAUAGAUGUUAUAAUUUCUUUCUGCAAAGAAAAUGCCUUGAAAGAAGAUGUUUUCCCACCUAAAGAGGAAAGUCGUAAGCUAAGUCCCACCGCAGAGGCUGGCUUAAGAACGCUGACUCCAACUGUCCAAGAAACAUAUAGAUUAUAUGCAAUAGAGAAAAAAAGUCUUCCAGCUGCAGCCAAAAUAAGGGGAAUGACCGAGGAGACUUUGAUUACCCAUUUAGCACAAGCUAUUAAAGUUGGUCUGCCUGUCGACUUGGAUGGCUUAGCAAUAACCCAAGAUAUAAUUGAUGUUAUUACUAAAGUUAUUCUUUCACCUCCUAUCAAUUCAGAUGUCAGUCGCCUAAGUCCUAUAAAACAAUUGUGUCCACCUUACAUAGAAUUCAAGCAUAUUAAAAUUGUGAUAGCUUUGUUGCAAAGCAAAUUUGGUUUAGAUGAGAUUUCUGUUCCUGCAAAAGAAAGUUUUGUGAAGGAAAAAUCACCAUUUGAAGCAAAACAGAAUGUAAGUAAUAGUCCAGAGGAUAAGGAAAAGGUUACAUUUCCAAAAAGGAAAGAGAGUGCAUCCAUUCCAAAUGGUUUUGAAUCUUCCAAUGUGAAACGAAUGAAGACCAAUAAGCUUUUUAAACUUUAAUUACUGUUGUUGUUAUAAUGCAUUUAUAUAAAGUUCAAUUGUGAAUCAUUUGUAAUUUAUAUCAAUUCAUCAAAGAACUUGGAAUUUUCCAAGCAUUUGUACAAAGUCAUUAGGUUUUUAAAGUUGGCUGUAAGCACGAAUAAUUUUAUGAAAAUGUUAUAUGUGGCAAAAUGUUCUUUAGUGCUGUUUUUGUAUAUCAAAUUUCAUCUAUUAUAUAAAAGUUUAUAUAUAUAUAUAUUUAUAUAUAUAUUUAUAUAAAUAUAUAUAAAAUUUCAAGACUUUUUUAAACAGCGGCAGGAAUAUUUAACUUCUAAUUGAUUGAUAUCUUGUCUAGAAUUAUGAGUACAAGGCAAUGGAUACUGUGUUAAAUCUGUAGUGCUCACAGGGCUGUGGGUACAUUUAAAGGUAGCUUCUAAAAGCUAGAGACAUCUUGAAUGUUAUUCUAGAUUUCAUUUUUUUUUAUUCUUGAAAAAUGGCUGUAGUGACAAUAAUGAUUGCUGAAGAUUACAGAAUUGUUAUUUUAAUUAGUGUUUGUCACUAUUUGCAGAUCUGACCAAACGAUAAAAUAUGAAAAAUUAGAUUUCUCUUUCUUCCUUCAACAGUGGUAUCAUUAUGCAUUUCCCUUAAUUACUUUCAUGUACUUUGCCAUUAUUAAAAUAUGUAAUUAAAUUCAGUCUUAAACUUCAUCUUUGUUAAAGUUCUUAAAAAUCUGUAUCUCUAUAUAUGAAAGACUGUUAAUUGAAGUGAAAUUUUUAAUGUGUUCUAAAAAUUAACUAUUUUAUUUCAGGAAAUUUUUUUAAUAAACCUAAAUUUAUGUAUAAAAUGAUUUUUUUUUAAAUUCUUUCUUGAGUGAAAUGACCAAAAUUUCAUAUUAGCUUGUUGUGUGGACUAUUUUUAUUUUAUCCGUAUCUUAUACCCUGUUCUGAAAGUUCUGAGCUGCCUUUGCGAUGCUGAAGUAUAACUCAGUUCCUAGACAACUUGCACAUAAACCCAAAUAAAUCUGAACUCAAGAAGGAGCUAUAAAAUGAAACAUAAAAUCAUUCAUAAAUUGCAUAUAUUUGAAUUAAAGAAUCCCCAAACUGCACAGUGGGGAUGACUUUAUGAAUAACAUCGAUGGAAUACUUAUAAGAAGUGAUCACAUUUAACAUAUUUUAUGUAAAGAAAAAAGUGAGAAUAUGAUAUAUUUUAGUACUCCCAUGCAAAUUGUGUGUUAUAUAUCCAUGUAUGAUGUAUGUAGUAACUAAUUAUUUCUUGUAUGCAAAUGAUGAGUCUCAUCAGUAUGAAGUCAUCUUUGAAGCAUUGUGUAAGAUCUUUCAUUCCAGUUCACAUGAAUAAACUAUUUAAAAUAAA